AUGGAAGAUGGCAUUUUCUGUGAAGACAUUUUGGUGGACAUACUCUCACGCUUUCCGAAGAAGACUCUUUCCAGAUUCAAGUGUGUAUCCAAAGGAUGGUAUGCUCUAAUUUCUUACCGUGUAUUGCCAAAAACAACGGAUGUAGGGUUUCUUUGCCAAUGCAUUUCUCGAUUCGAUAACACUAUCCAAACGACUUUUUUUCGAGUUGAUAAGGAGGGAAGCGCCUUUCUCAAUCACUCCCUUGGCUUCUCUUCAGAGAAGAAGUGUUUGAUUCUUGAUUCUCGCAAUGGCUUGCUUCUCCUUAAAAAGGGUUGGUUAGAGAGGUUAUAUGUAUAUAAUCCCACUACCAAGCAUACACUGCAGCUUCCCCAUUCUCGCUUUGGCAUGUUGACGGCUCACGCCUCCUUGGCUUCUAAUGGGAAGAAUUACAAAGUAAUACGCUUCUUUUACAAUGGUCGUAUUGACAGUUUUGAUAUGGAGAUCUAUUCUUCUCAAACUUGCCAAUGGAAAGAAAUAGAGCUGGAAAUUCCACGUUUUUCUUACAUUUAUAAUGUGCCCCAUGCCCACUCUGUUUCUUUGAAAGGAGCUAUUCAUUGGAUAUGGGGGAAUUACAUAUUGAUCUACCAUUUAGAGGAUGAUUACUGUAAGCUCAUCAAACUUCCAACGCAUAAAACGUAUAGGUACACAUACAAGAUGUGCAUUUGGGACUCAGAAGGGUUUUUGCACUAUUGUGAAUGCGAUGAACAUGGAAUUAACAUAUGGGUCCUCCACAUGGAAGAUCGAAACUAUAAUCGCGAUCAACAUAUCUUUGAGUGGCAGCUGAAGCAUAGUGCUAUCCUUAUGGCUCCAACGUUGAGGAAGAUGUUCAUGGGGCAUUCCAAAUUCUUUUCACCUCGUGCUUUUAACGAUGAUUUUGGGAUUGUGUAUUUAAUGUAUAAAGGAAGUAUUUUGUUGUACAAUCUUGCUACUGGAAUGUUGAAGGAGGUUUGUGCAUAUCCAUUUGAAGAACCUAUUUUGGACAUCUACCCUUUCUCAUAUAGCCUCGUCGAGUCGCCAUAG